AUGCCUUCCUAUUGCGGCUUUGAUCCUGACAAGGACGUGGGUGAUCUUUCUGGAAAGGUCAUUCUUGUCACUGGUGGAACCGCUGGCCUUGGGAAGUCUGCCAUCCUCACACUCGCGGCACACAAUCCCUCACACAUCUACUUCACCGGCCGCUCUGCCUCUUCAGCAACAUCCCUUCUCGAAGCCCUCAAGUCUCUCUCACCGCCUGUCGAGGCGACGUUCCUCGAAUGCGACCUCACAUCUCUGUCCAGCAUUCGUGUUGCUGCAACGAAUUUUCGACAUGAUAGACUUGAUAUCUUCAUCGCCAACGCUGGUAUCAUGGCUGUUGACGCUGGACUUACCAAGGAUGGCGUAGAGAUGCAGUUUGGCGUUAACCACCUUGGAAACGCGGCACUACUCAUGCACCUCUUGCCCGUAAUGCUCAAAACCGCAGAACUGCCCAACGCAGAUGUGCGUUUUGUAUCUGUCACGUCCCUGGGAUACAGAGGCCAUCCCAAAGGCGGCAUCGACUUUGCCACGCUGCACACUACACAAGAAGACAUGUUUAUGGGAACCUGGGGUCGUUACGGCCAAAGCAAAUUCGCCAACAUUGUCUUCGCCCGCGAACUUCACCGUCGACACCCCAAGAGCACAAGCGUGGUAGUCCACCCGGGCGUGAUACCCACCAAGCUCGUGACGGAGCUGGGAUUUUGGAAGAGGAUGUUUGUGUACGUCACGAAUCCUACCAUGAUGACUGUUGAGCAGGGCGGGUAUAACACUGUCUGGGCGGCGGCGGGGGUUGGGAGUAGGCAGAAGGUCGAGGGGGAGAAGGGGAAGGUUGCGUUGUAUUUGCCGGUUGGGAAGGGUAAUGGAGGGGAUGGGAUGUGUUUUGAUGAGGGGGUUGGGAGGGAGUUGUGGGAGUGGACGGAGAAGGAGAUGAGCAAGGUGAAAUAG